CAGUGUAUCAGGCAGUCAAAUGAGAUCGUUGAGAGAGAGAUCGGACAGCUGACUGAGCAGGCAGAAGAGCUGCUGGAAGGAUGGAGAGCGAGAGACGACCUUCAGGGGUUCUGAGGAGAGAGUGACGGUUUAGAACCCUGCGGAGAACACUGCUGAAGAGAGCACCCACCGCAGCCGCCGCGUCACCAGCAGCUGUAGCAGCCACAGCGCCAUAACAGCACCAGCUCCACCCAUAACAUCUACGGCAGCGAGACAAAUAACGAACGGAGGAACUGCAUGAAAAAUCUACUUUCUCACAGAGGGGAGGAGUUCUCUGGCCAUCUCUGAUGACACACAGUCUCCAUGGCAACAAAUCCAUGACAACGCAACAGAGGAGGGUACUGCAGGCUGCAAUUUGAGCUGUCUGCCUCAGGAAUGCAGUGGUUAAUGGCUGUACGGAAGAGCUAGGAAGUCAGCAAAUUUUAAUGACCAAUUUUGAUCAAGUAAAGAACACCCCUGUAUGUUUUGGAAUAAAAUGGAUAACUCUUUUGUGGAAGAAGUGGCUGCAUCUUUGGUUAGAGAAUUUCUCAGCAGAAAGGGUUUAAAAAAGACAAGUGCCAUUAUGGACAGAGAAUUUCCACGUACUGCACUUAGCAUCAACAAUAGAAAUGAACUGCGAAAUGUUUUGCAUCUACAAUCUUUGUACAAAGAAAACAAGGCAAAGGAGAAUCCACUGAAAACAAUUCUUGAAGUUAUCACCAAUUAUUUUCUUGAACAUUUUGGGACCACCAGAUGCAUCACAAGUCCUGUAGCUUCAGUUCCACAAGCUAAGCGCUCACAGUCUAGGUGUAUAGAAACAUCACUAGUUAAUGACUACUCAGAUGAAGACAUGCAUGGCAGAACAACUGUGUCUGAUGCAAGUAAAACUGAAGUUUACAGAUAUGACAUUGAUGUUCCACGAGAUAAAGUCAUUCCAUCGAAGAGACAUCAACAUAAAAGAGAGAAAUCCAAGACUGUGGUAGAACCCAAUAGUGGCUCAUCCUCUGAAGGAGAUAAAAAGUUAAAAAAUAGCAGAGAUGAUUUGAAAAUAACAGAAACUUCUGAGGAGAUGAAGACCACAAUGAGAGAGAAGCAAAAGUCCAGGUCUAGUCUCAUUGUCAGAGGAAUGAUGGCUGGACCCACUGCAAGUUCACAAGAGGAUUUAGUAAAAAGGAGGCUUCUGAAACGAUCCUCUGGCAUAAAUAGCACAAUGCAAUUCAAAGGGGAAGAUCAUCAGAAAAAAUCUUCAGAGAUGCCAGCUAGUGAUUUUCAAGAGAUUAAAGGAACUUCCACAGAGUCCGUGAGUUACCUUUCAUCACACAAUGCCAGUGCUCUGAAAGUAGAUAUGGAAUUUUCAUCAAAGAUUUCAUCAAACUCAUACACAAGUUCAGUCAGUGAGAAGCUAAGACAUACGCCCAAAGACACAGCUGAUCCACUUUCCAAACUCUUAUCGGAAAGAGAAAGAACCAAGGUUGAAGAAGGGAAACCAAUGGCAAGCUCUGAUAUAGACACCAGUGAAAAAACCAUCAAAUUAAAUGUUCUUCACAGACAUUCAGAAACUGAAAGAGAGAAGAGAGAAAGAUCUCCCAAAAACAAUGAGAAUCGGUUAUCAGGACGCAGAAAGACUCCAUCAUCCAUAUCCAAUAAAAGUGACCAGAUGAAAAAUGUCCUAGAACUAGUUGAUUUCGAUGAUGAAGCAACCACUGGGGAAGUUAGUAGGAUCCCAGAACUUUCAACGCUGUAUACACUUGAAAUAGUAUCAAAGGCAAUUGAUAUUUCCCUAGCAAAAGAAAUAAAAAAUCUUUUGUUUGGCUCAAGCCUUUGUUGCUUCAGUGAAGAAUGGAAAAUACAGAACUUUACAUUUAAUAGUAUACCACAGCUAAAAUAUGGCAUCGUGCAAAAAAAGGGAGGCCCAUGUGGAGUAUUGGCCGCAGUUCAAGCCUGUGUCCUGCAACAACUUCUCUUUGGAGACAGUAACAGAAACAGCGAUGUGCGGUGUCUGCAGCCUUCAGACGCUCAUAGGACCAAAUGCCUCACCCUGGCUAUUGCAGAUAUUUUAUGGCGUGCAGGGGGCAGUGAAAAAGCUGUGGUUGCACUGUCUUCAGGAAGGCAGCAGUUCACUCCAGCAGGAAAAUACAAAGCAGAUGGAAUCUUUGAAACACUAAUACUACAUAGCAUCACAAAAUAUGAAGAUCUGACCAUUUUUCUUCAGCAGAAUAUUCAUCAGUUUGAAACUGGUCCAUUUGGGUGCAUUCUUCUUACCCUGUCGGUUAUCUUUACAAGAUCUAUCGACCUGGUGCGCAAUGAUUUUGAUGUGCUCACUAACCAACUGAUUGGCACCCACGGAUACUGUACACAAGAACUUGUGAACUUGCUGCUGACUGGUAAAGCUGUGUCCAACGUGUUCAAUGAUGUAAUAGAGCUGGACUCUGGAAAUGGAAAUAUCACAGUUUUGAAAGGAAUCACUAACCGCAGUGAUAUCGGCUUGCUGUCUCUCUUUGAGCACUAUGAUGUUUGCCAGGUUGGCUGCUAUUUGAAGACCCCUAGGUAUCCCAUUUGGGUCGUAUGCAGUGAAAGCCAUUUCAGUGUGCUUUUUUGCUUGAGAAAGGACUUACUAGGUGACUGGAAAACGGAACGGAGAUUUGAUCUCUAUUACUAUGAUGGCCUGGCCAACCAGGAAGAGGAAAUACGGUUAACAGUUGAUACAGUUCAGCCUUACACUGAAGAUAAAGAAAAUGACCUUAUUCCUCCACUUGAGCACUGUAUUAGGACAAAGUGGCAAGGAGCAGUUAUUGACUGGAAUGGCACAGAACCCAUCUUGUGACUGAACUGAAAUAGAAGGAAACCUGCUAGAACAGCACGUUCUUAUUCUCACCAGUAAGGAAGCAGGGCGAAACUCCUGGCUGCCCUUGCAAUUUGUGGUGAAGCUGAGUGACAUGCUGCAUGCAGGCGGGAAGAAUUUCACCUUGCGCUUCAGAUAUUUCAUCCAUAACGUAAACAUCACUUCCGUAAAUACUGUUUCACUUCCUUUUAUGCACAAUGUGUGAAAGGAGACAGAGCCUCCACUGCCAAGAUAAGUUUUUGGACAAAGCAGUAAAGCUGUCAACUUCUACUUGAGUUCCAUUGAUGGAUUCAUUCUGCAUCUUGCAAAGUUUUCUCCAAAGAUCAGACUAAACAGGCCGCACCCAGAUUUCUUUGAUACUGGCUUUUCCUUCCUUCCCCUCACAGCCUCCCUCACCCCAAGGAAACCAAGGUACAAAUGUGAAGCAUUGCCAGAGAAAGAAUGAUCUUCUUUCACUAGUUUUUGUACUUCACACUUUCCAGUGAACUGGUUAUUAACACUGUAGGCACUUGCAGUAUGGCCUGGUCUACACACAGGUUUUGUACUAGUGUAACUAGGUGGGGAUAUAAUAUUUACUGAUAUUAUAUUGGUACAAGCCAUAGUGUGGAAGCCAGUUAUACCAACAUAAGGAUAUUUAUACCAGUAGAAUUUAUUCCUCUUCCUAUACAGGAGGCUAUGUCUAUAUUAUGAACAUCUGCAGCCAUAGCUAUGUCAGUCUGCGGUAUGAAGAGGUGGAAUCCCUGACCAACAUAGCUGUGUCAGGAGAAGCCCCUAGAGUGAAUACAGCAAUCCUGGCAAAGCUUUGCUUUUACUCAUAUAGUUUGUUUCACGCAUGGGAGUGGUUUUACUGUAUCGGGACAGAGUGCACCUAUGCUAGCACAGCUGCAUCCACACUAGGGGGUAUCACUACAGUACAGAGACUAUGGGCUUGUCUUCACUUUGGAGGUAAAUCGGUGCUGCUGGAAUUGAUGCAGCAACAUUGAUUUAGAGGGUCUAGUGAAGACAUGCUCAAUCGAUGGGAGAGCGCUCUCCCAUCGAUUUCCAUACUCCGCCUCAAGGAGCGGUGGAAGUCGUGUCAGCGGGAGAGCGUCGCCCAUUGACAUAGCAUAGUGUGGACCCCUCGGUAAGUAGAUCUAAGCUAUGUCGACUUGAGUUAUGCUACUAACAUACCUAUGCCACCAUCGCCAGACACGGUGCAGAUACAGCCUAUGCUGACAGAAGACGUUUUUCUGUUGGUGUAGGAACACCGCCUCCCUGAGCAGUUAGCUAUGUUGGUGGAAGCCCUCUUUCAUCAACAUAACUGUGUCUACACUGGGGAUUAUGUCGGCAUAGCUAGGUCCAUCGGGGGUGUGGUUUUUCAACCCCCUGACAGACCGAUGUAGAUAUAACUUUUCAAUGUAGCCCAGGCCUCAGAGCACUUUGCUUGUACAGUAUACUGGCAUUCCUUUACAGGUAAACGGUUCUAGUGUAGAUGUAGCUGGAAUAAGCUAUGCCACUAUAAGCACUGUUAUACUGGUAUAACUGCAUCCACACUAGGGGCGUUGUACCACAUGAACUAUUCUGACAUAGUUAAAGCCAUAUCAUGUUUGUGUGUAGACAAGGUCUAAGAUGCUUUGCCUCUUUGCAGUGUAAAAAAACAGAGGAGCCAUAAUGUUCUACAUUUAAGAUGCACAUAUCUGUGACAGGUAAUGUGCCUGACAGUUAAAUAAAAGGCAUGUGUGAAACCAUAUUCUUGCAAUUAAUCCAGAGGCUACCAAACCCAGAGCUAGGGGUUCAUGAAUGAACUGUGUGAGGGUUAUGUUGCAAAUGAAAUGUGUAGAACUGGGCCAGAUCAAUCAAAGGAACAAUGGAACAAAAACUUUGAAACAAACCAACAAUAUUAUUUACUAAUGGAAAGGCAACAGAGAAGUGGUGUAUCUGUAAUUUAUUCCUAUGCCUUUGGGAGCAACUAUCAUAAAAUAUCUUUUAAUGAGGAA